AUCCAUUAUGUUGUAUUCACAGAUAGCAUUAUCAAUUAGCCUUGUAAUAAUCUGGAACAUUCUAUCAACAAAAGGUGAUUGUAUUCCAUUGAAUGGCGUUUGUACAAAAACUAUAUUUGCUCCAUGCUGUAAUAAUACAGUAUGUAAAUUGUCUGGGCCAUUCUCUGGUAAAUGUGUGGAAUGCCUUAAACCAUUUUCAUGGUGUUGGAAUGGUGAUGAAUGUUGUUCAAAACAAUGCAGUUGGUUCAGAUGUUUGAGUACUGAUGAACAAUAAAUUAAACAUAAUUCAUUAUCUCUUGUCAUUUUGUUUAUUGUAAUGAUGAUGACUUACUAUCUAAUGAUUUAUUUUAUUUAAUAAAAUGUAUACUUUAACAUUAAUGACUAUCCUUUUUUGAUAGAUGUAAUAAGUAAUAUUCUCCAUAAACGUUGAUGAUUAGGUCUGAUUCUGAUUCCCGACGCAAUGUGUUCCUUGAUCUUCCUCUUUUCAGUUUUCAUUCAGAAUUCAAAAUUAGCGCUUGCCUCGUGAUGCAGUUUGAUGGUUUCCGCAACGUAAUUAUCAUUCACCCCCAACGCCUAUUCCUAAUUUGCUCUUUAGCUCAAAGCUGGUUUUUCCUCUGCUAUAUAGUCCUCCAAGCUUUAGCUCUGUAUAGUAGAAGUGUUUUGACGUUCUUAUUAAAAAUUGUGACUUUGAUAUUGGUUGACGGUUGUUUUGAGUUGCUUUUGCUCUUCAGUUGUAGGAACGCGUUCCUUGGUUUGCCAAUCCUUGCCUUUACGUCUGCAUCAGAUCCUCCACGUUCAUCGGUGAUCCCUCCUAGGAUGGCUAUGGUUACACAAACUGGUAAUUUAGUUCAUGUGGAAAUGUUUGUGAAGCCUAGUCGUUGUAAACUUGAAGGAGAAAAUUGUACCAAAACAAUAUUUUCACCAUGUUGUGCAAAUUCCACCUGUCAACUACAUGGAUUAUUUAAAGGAGUUUGUGUAAAAUGUUUACCUGAGAAACAUUUGUGCUUAUCCAGUAGUGAAUGUUGUACAAAAUUAUGUAGUUGGUUUCGAUGUAUAAUGACAAAUUAG